AAGUAGUACUAGUAGCUGGCGCUUGCACACCGGACGAAUCUUGUGUCCUCUUGUGUGAAUACGACAUGUAUGCCUAAAUUUGGAUUCUAGCAGCACUGUCUCUCGAGCAUGCUGAUCUAGCCUUGAUCCACAUAUUUGUCAUUGUUCACGCUCAAACUGACGAUGCCAGGGCCAAUUCAACCAGAUGCAUACGAUGAUGUACUAGCUAUUGAUUUCGCCCGUUUUUGGCAUAUCAGGACAGAAAGGAAUCAGGUGUGGGACGCGUUGGAACCGUGGUUUCAGACCCAUGGCUACAUCCUAUAUCCUCGAACUCCCGCCGGUUUUCUUAUACCACCCGCUUCAGUCCUGUAUGACCUCUGCACCGACGCGGUUCAAUUUCCUCACGCCUACGCUCCUGAGAAGACCUCUCUAGGACGAAUGAUGUGUCCCGCGCCCGCUGUAUUUCCCGCAGUAAACAGAGAUCGUCGAGACGUCGUUAUCAAAAUACUUCCUAGCAAUAGUCCUGAACUUGCCAUCUUCAAACACCUCGUGACGGAACCACAACGUUCGAAUCCUAUGAAUCUGACGGUCCCCGUUCUGGACCUUUUGUACUACGACGACAACUAUUCAUUUGUCGUUAUGCCAAGAUGGGCAACGGCUAGUAGUCUACCGGAUACUGGGUUCGACAGCUUGCGAACCGCAUUUCAGUUCGCUAUGUCUAUACUCCAGGUAUUGACGUCCCUUCACAACAAUGGUAUUGUUUACAGGGACUUCAAGCCGGCCAAUGUGUUGAUCAACUGUUACCAUUCUUCCGAGUUCUGUUAUGAUUUUCGUCCAUUCUUUACAACCAAGCAAGCAAGGUUUGUGCUGUGCGACUUUAACCUUUCUGUCAUGUUUCCUUCCGAUACUCCUCUGGCCAAUCGGCUCCUCCCUGUUUCGGAGAGCGAGUGGGGCUCUCCCGAAUAUCAUCCGCCGGACGUAGCGAAUGGUGAGACCGUUUAUGAUCCAUUUGCUUAUGACGUGGCAUGUCUGGGUGGCGUUUUGUGCGCAACCAUUGGGGUACGCCCUCUCUAUGUUUGUAUACAACAUGUGUGGCUGACUCUGCCGACUUCGCCCAAACAUAGUAUCUUACCCCUUUUGCACCUGAGCUCGCACCUUUUCUCGAUCGCAUGAUUACGCCGGACAUCCCAUCUCGCUAUACAGCUGUCGAGGCUCUUAAGGCAUUCACUGUCUUAAAAUAUGGCUUCAGUUCCAAACGCCUAGAUCAAUCUGUUCCGCAACCUCCGCAUCAUGGUACAACAUUUCGUUGGCAAACUCAGGAUCGAUGGGCCGGUCUACCAGAAGCAUUCGUGGAGAAGCAUAUGGGAGUACGACCUCCGGUGAGGCCUAGACGGAAGAUCCAAUUCUAUGACGGAACAUCCUAUUUUGUUGACUGGGAUGCACCUUCGGAUGAAGAAGAGGAGGGUGACGAGGAGUAGAAAACAUAUACACAUUUUCUUUAUAUUCUGUUAAACCCUUUCAAAUGUAUACUUCACUUUGACAUUACUAGAUUCACUGAGCAAACCAACUUCCUCUCAGCUCAUCAUCACAUUUCUCAACACUGAGAUGCAUGGCAUGGGCUGCCUCAUUUCAUAUUUAUUUCAUCAUCUUCUAGCCAAAAUAAAUUAUGAAGUGUUGCUGCCCUGUAUUCUCCAAGAUGCUAAAGUAGUCCUGAUUUGAAUGCCUGUAAGCAAGAUAUUCAUUCUGACACCUACUAGUUCUAUAUGAGAUUUUGCACAACAUAUUUGCAUGAGAAUCAUUUCUGAGAAUACAUGAGAAGUUGAGAA